AUGCUUCUAGCUAGCUUAUUUCUUUCACAAGACACUUAUGCUGAAGAGAUCAUAAAGAGAGCAAGUAUGCCCUCAUGUGCACAUGUUCCUACUCCAGUUGAUACUCACUCCAAAUUGAGCACCACUUCGGGGUCCACUUAUAAGGAUCAUACCCAGUAUCGCAGUUUUGCAGGUGCUUUGCAGUAUCUUACUGUUACUAGACCAAACAUCUCUUAUGUUUUUCAACAAAUUUGUCUUCAUAUGCAUGACGCUCAGGAUGAACAUAUGCGUGCGUCGAUGCGCAUUAUUCGUUAUAUUCAGGGCACUCUUUCUCUUGGCUUGCACUUGUGUACAAGUCCUCCACUGCUAGUCUUGUUUCCUACACAGACGCUGACUGGGGUGGUUGUCUGGACACGAGGCAUUCCAUAUGCAUCCGGGUAUUGUAUUUUUCUUGUGAUAAUCUCAUCUCUUGGUCGUCCAAACGACAACCCACCUUGUCACUCUCAAGUGUCGAAGCUGAAUACAUUGGUGUGGCUAAUGUAG